AUGCCUAACACAGGAGUCUUCUGUCGCUUUCAUCAGUUCGGUGGCCAUGAUACCGAAUCUUGUGUUGCCUUGCGCAACAUCAUUGAGGGACUUAUUCGCGAGGGGAAGCUGGAUAAAUACGUGCACAACCUCCCACCUAACCCUCACCAACGGCAGAUCAACAUGAUCUCAACCAUUAGUGGUGGCCCAACCAUGGCUGGCACCUCCAACAACUCCAUCAAACAUUAUGUCCGCUCUACCUAUGCGCACCAGGUCUUCAGCACUGAGCAGGGACGCUUGCCGAAGACACAAAAAACAGGCUGGGACUCCAUUACCUUCUGCGAGGAGGAGGAGCGCGGCGUUAUCCUCCCUCAUGAUGACCCAAUCAUUAUCCGCGCCGACAUAUCUAACUUUGACGUUGGGCGCAUAUUGGUAGACACCGGCAGCUCAGUCAGUGUGAUGUUUGCUGAUGCCUUCAAUGAGCUCCAGGUCCCGUCUCAUUUGCUUGACCGAAGCGUCACACCCCUGGUGAGCUUUUCGGGUGAUGUGGUCCAGCCUAUCGGGAGCAUUCAUCUCCCUAUCUCUAUUGGAGCAGCACCCCAGAGGAAGACGAUCACCACUCCCUUCCUUAUCAUUGACUGCCCUACAGCCUACAACUUUAUCCUGGGACGCCCUGCCAUGGCCCAGAUGAAGGUUUUCAUUUCCACACAUAUGUUACUGUUGAAAUUUCCUACCCCCCAUGGCACGGGCACUGUGCGCGGUGAUCAACUUGGCGCCCGAAGUUGCUAUGCUUCGGUAGUAAAGUCUACUAAUCGCCAACAUAGGGGUGAGGCCCUAGCGGUAACCCAGGCCCUAGCCCCACCUCGAGCUGGCACUGAACGCCCAGAGGACCCCAGGAAGGAAUCUGCCACCCAACAGGCCGAACCUGUGGAGGACCUCGAAUUGGUCACUCUCCAUGAGAAUAUCCCGGAUCGACAGGUCAGGAUCGGCACCUCCCUCUCACAAGAGCUUCGCUCUGAUCUUGUUGCCUUCCUCCGCCUCAACUCUGAAGUCUUUGCUUGGUCUUACAACGAUAUGCCGGGCAUAUCACCUGACGUCAUCUCCAUAGGCUAA